AUGGGAACUACCAACGAAACGAUGGUGACAGACUUCAUCUUGAUUGGGUUAUCUGAGCACCUCAGUGCACAGGCGGUGUUCUUUUGGUUCCUCCUGAUGGCAUACCUCAUCAGCCUUCUCGGCAACAGCCUCAUCAUCAUGUUGAGUAUUGCGGACCCCCGGCUCCAUAAUCCCAUGUAUUUCUUCCUCUGCAUCCUCUCUUUGAUCGAUCUCAUCAUCACCAACAACACCGUUCCCGAGGUCUUGGCCAACUGCUUCCUCUACAGGCCCACCAUCUCCUUCCACAGAUGUCUGGUCCAGAUGUACAUCGGUCUCUUUCUUGUCUCAACAGAAUGCGUCCUUCUGGCCAUCAUGGCCUACGACCGCUACGCGGCUAUAUGCCAACCCCUCCACUACAUGCAGAUCAUGAGCUGGAGACUUUGUGGGAGUCUAGUGGCUGCAUCCAUGUCCCUCUCCAUGCUGAUAACCCUCGUCACAGUGCUGUUGCAGCCCACCGACUUCUGCGGCCACUACAUUAUCAACCAUUUUGUAUGUGAGCUGCAGUCUUUUCUGAAGCUUGCCUGCUCCGACACACAUGCCAGCCAGCUCUUCAUGCAAAUGUCAAGCCUCUUGAUUUUAAUACCACCCUUUGGUUUCAUCGUUGUGACGUACGGGCGCAUAGGCUCGGCUGUAUUGCGCAUCCGCUCGACACAGGGCCGUAAGAAAGCCUUCUCCACCUGCAGCUCUCACCUCACUGUGGUCAGUAUCUUCUAUGGAGCCAUUAUGAUCAUGUACUUGAAGCCUCAGCAGAAAUCUCCUUCUGAAGAGGAGAAAAUUAUCUCUGUAAUGUAUGGGGCUCUGACGCCCAUGCUCAACCCACUGAUAUAUAGCUUGAGAAACAGGGACGUGAAGGGAGCUUUCUGGAAAGCAGUUGGCAGGAAAAUGUAA